AUGGAGGGAGACCCGUACGACCGCUUCAAGGUGACGGAGAACUGCACCGUUGUGGUCGCCAACCCACUGGACUGGUCAGUACAGUCGGUCUAUCUGCUCCACAUUCAACACGACACCAGUAUCAAGGUAGAGCUGACUGACAUUGAGGGCUAUCCUCCUGUGUAUAACGAAACGUGUGAAACUCCGAUCAACCAUAACGGUCGACCGGGAGAAAUGUUAUUCAGUCCUACAGUGAGAGCGGAGGCAAUGACCACCGACGGAGGUGCCAGCUGUGACCGCUGGGAUGGUUGUGUGUGUCCGCCGGGAUGGACGGGACCCAGGUGUCAGACACAAUGCCCGGGCGACAAGUACGGUAAAGACUGUAGCAAGGACUGUAUUUGCCUUAAUGGUGCUAGUUGUGGCCUUAGCGACGGCAGGUGUAACUGCACUGGAGGAUGGUACGGAAAGGAUUGCAGCAAACCGUGUCCAAGCGGUCGGUACGGCUGGGGAUGUCAUAAAGCUUGUUCCUGUAAGAACAAUGCCACAUGCAACAAUGAGGAUGGCAGCUGUGCUUGCGUGACGCCAUGGACGGGGCGGAAAUGUGACCAAUUGCAGACAAGCAGAUAUGAACCACUACUCGAAAGUCUGAUACCACUGGGCUCUUUAGUCUUGCUCGUUACCAUAGUGAUGACACUUCUCUACAAAACGGGGGUUCUGAAAUGCUCCGCGCCCGAUACACGCGAGGAGGACAAUAUACUUUUCGAGCUGAAGAGAAUGGAGCAAGACCUAGCACAGAGCCUACAACCGGGCUGGCUGGGACGUUGGGAGAAGAAGAUCAGCCAUCUUGCUCCUGGUCCCCUGCUAGGAGAAGGGAUGUUUGGGCAAGUCAGAAGGGCACAAUUGCGAACACCCAAGGGCAAGCUCGACGUUGCCGCAAAGACCGUUCGCGUCGAGGACUCACAGUCCUAUCGGGACUUUUACAGAGAAGCAGCUAUACUGGUAUGUGUGCAUGAAGUGCGACAAGGCGGUGGUCGUCAGUCCAAUAUCGUUCGUCUUGUGGGCCUCAUCACCAAGUCUUCGGAGAAGUACAUUCUUCUGGAAUAUGCUCCAAAAGGCGAUCUCUUAGGCUUCCUGCGGCGGAUAAGGGAUGUUGAUCAAGACGACCUACUUGGAAACCUUCUUGGAUACGCAGUCCACAUUGCACGAGCUCUACAAGAGCUGGAACGCUUGAGAAUCGCCCAUCGUGACGUGGCCGCUCGAAACGUCCUCAUCACUGCAGAUAACGUGGCCAAGUUGGCUGACUUCGGACUGGCCAGAGAUGUCUACGCCACCACUCAGUAUGUACGAUGUAACCGUCCAGGCGUUGACGAACUCCUUCCGCUGAAGUGGAUGGCAUUGGAGUCCAUCGAGACUGGCGAGUACACCUGUGAGAGUGAUGUCUGGUCCUUCGGUGUGCUGCUGUGGGAGAUCGCCACGCUGGGGAAAGAUCCCUGCUACAAUGGCAUGGUUCAGCUAAGCUUUCUUGAGAUGGUGGGGAUUCUGAGGCAAGGAAUACGGAUGAAGAGGCCGCCGGGAUGUCCAGAGGACCUGUACCGACUGAUGAGGGCGUGUUGGCGCGACGUUCCAGCUACAAGACCGACUCCAGAUGGGAUAGAACAGAGGCUGCUACAACUGAUCCACAUACUGCUUCCUCAUGAGGCCAUUGAAAUGGAAACUGCGGUGUAA